ACGCAACAUCCCUUUUUUCAUCCAUGUAAUUUUCUAGGUUGGGUUAAUUUACUCACACCUGUUGUUGCACGUUUUAUUUUGUCUGUGAUGUUUGAGGUUUAGCCCAGCACGUGCAUGAGACCAGGUAUGGCUGAGGCUCUGUCUGGAACUUUUUUUUUUUUUUUUUUGCUCUGUCUGGACCAUGACAUAAAUAUACUGGACCAGUCACGCGCCACUACUAUGCACGCGAGUAGCCCCUAACUAGUCGCGUGCUCUCCGCGAUGCAACCGCUAAAAACAACCGAACCGAGCCCCUUCCUGUUGAACACCGAACACUUGUGUAUGGUUGCCAUAGAAACGGAUGAUUUCCAUAGCAACGGACUCUGGGCGGCUGGGAGUCCUACAGCUUACAGACUGACCGGAAGUGAAAACUUGCCCGUUUCUAACACCGUUUUCAUCAAAGCCAUGAGUGGAGGUGCCGCUCAUCAAAACCCGGUUUGGGACUCCAGCCGGAAGGUCCCUGCAGAACACCUGGACUAUGGCUACAUAGAAAAAUGCAAAGACGUCAAAUACCUGGAGAAGAUCUUGAGAGUGCUCAGGUCUGGUGAAGAAGGUGUUUACUCUCAUCUGACGGAGUUCUGUGAAAGCCACCUGGAGAAGCUGCAGCCCAAGAGCCGAGCUCUCCGGAAGGAAACGUCUGCAGCCACAGCAGCCAGCUUCUCUAAAGACGAGUGGAGCCAAAUCCUCCAAGAGUUACAGACAUGGGAAGAAGACACCAAAAGGACUGACAUGUUGCUUAAACAGGACUUGUUUGAUGAUCUGGUGAAGUCAAAAAUGCCACCUGUGAGGGGUUCCAGAUGCUUAGUUUCCCCGAGCCAGAGUUUGUUUCCAGAAGCAAGGAAGAAUCCCUCAAAACGUGCUGUUCCUCGUGGUUACAGAGAAUGGGACAAGUUCGAUGUAGAAAAAGAAUGUGACAACAUAGAUGGAGAUGUGCUCAAAAAGGAUCCACCGGCCAUUCUAGACACACAACAUCCCAAACUCAAGCAAGAGGCGGACGUUAGUUCAUUGUUGUCACAGCGGCAAAAGCUCCUUCUAGCGAAUCGUGAGAAGGACAAAGGAAACGAAGCUUUCAGAGCGAAGGACUUCAAAGAGGCGGUUACAUAUUACUCCAGGAGCCUCUCCAUCUUACCUACUGUUGGUGCUUACAACAACAGAGCUCAGGCAGAGAUCAACCUCAGUCGCUGGCACGAUGCCAUGAGAGACUGUCAGCAGGUGCUGGAGCUAGACCCAGACAAUAAAAAAGCCCUGCUACGUCGUGCUACUGUUCAUAAUCAUAUGGGGAACGUUCAGCUGGCCUCUGAGGAUCUGAGGGGGGUGUUGAGGCAAGAUCCAUAUAACAUUGCAGCCACUCAACUUCUGUCUAAAAUAGAGGAAAAGAUGUCAGAAUGUCAACUGGAACAAGAGCAGAGGAGCAAGAAAAUCUUUAUUGAGGAGGUUGAAGAGGAAAACAGCUGUUCCAUGAAAGAACUACAGACUGCUUGUCCGGCUCAACCUAGCCAGCCUGUGGGAGGGGAGGAGAGAUUUGCUGCUCCUGCUGAAAGGAGAGACAUGGGCAACACUCAGAAAAAGCCCCACAGCAGAGGGGACGGGGGUCCACACACUGAGUCCAGCAACUCCCACCACCACGGACACUGGAAGAGCAAAGGGAACAGCCCAGACAAGUACAAAGUUCCACAGGAGUCAAAGGAAAAGGUAGCCAACGGAUCAGACAAGAGGGGAUCAACAGCCUCCGUGCCGGGUGAUCAGAACAACAGCAGUAAGGGAACUGCAGGUGGAGGGAAGUUUGAAGAAUCUGCCAACCUUGAUGCCCCGUGUGGGGCCCUGCCCCCACAGCUGUCCCGGCUAAAGAAUGAGGGAAACCUGCUGUUUAAAAAUGGACAGUUUGCUGAUGCCCUGGAUAAAUACUCACAGGCUAUCCAGGGCUACACAGACUCAGGACUGGAUAGUCCACAGGACCUGUGUGUUCUGUAUUCUAACAGAGCAGCGUGUUUCCUGAAAGAUGGGAACAGUCAGGACUGCAUCCAGGACUGCACAAGAGCUCUGGAGCUGCAGCCCUUCUCCCUGAAGCCCCUCCUGCGCCGGGCCAUGGCUUACGAGUCCUUGGAGCAGUACCGGAAGGCCUACGUGGAUUACAAGACUGUCCUGCAGAUAGACAGCAGUGUGCAGGCAGCGCACGACAGUGUCAACAGGAUCACCCGGAUGCUGAUCGAGCAGGAUGGGCCGGAAUGGAGACAGAAACUUCCAGAGAUUCCCCUGGUGCCUUUGUCGGCUCAGCAGCACCGCAGAGAGGAGCCCCCCAGCGCAGAGGUCCUGCAGGCUCGGGUGGAAAAAGCUGCCAGGGAGGCAGAGAGGAGAGCAGAUGUCCUUUUUCCUGCUCUGAAGCAAGAAGGCAAUGACUUUGUGAAGAAGGGCCAGUACCGAGAUGCUUUUGGGAAGUACACAGAAUGCCUUAAGCUGAAGCCAGAGGAAUGCUCCAUCUACACCAACAGAGCUCUGUGCUUGUUGAAGCUGGAGAGGUUCGGUGAGGCUAAGCAGGACUGUGACGCGGCCCUGAGACUGGAGCCAGCCAAUAAGAAGGCUUUCUACAGACGAGCCCUGGCCAAUAAAGGCCUUCAGGACUUCCUGGCUUGUAGCUCCGACCUGCAGGAGGUGCUGCAGUUAGACCCCAGCGUGCAGGAGGCUCAAAAGGAGCUGGAGGAGGUGACAGUGCUGCUCAGACAGAGUCUUGCUGACGGUUCAAAAGAACAUAGGAGGACUGUCCUCAUCAGAGAGGUGGACGGCGAUGAAGACACCACAGCUGUUCAAAGCAACUGCACAGGAGGAGCCGUCUCCAUCAACCAGAAGCCAACCAGCGCCUACGACUUCGGCCAGUCCCUGAACGCAGCUCGCUGCAGUGGAAACACGGAGGCCUGUGCAGAGCUGCUGGCCUCCACCUCACCUGAACAGCUUCCCCGGUACCUGAGCACGCAGCUGGAUGGACAUACCCUCAGCUUCAUUAUGCAGGCCCUCGACUCUCAUCUACUGGAGAAGAAUCCCAACUUAGUCUACCAGCACCUCCACCACCUGCACACUGCAGACAGGUUCACGGUCGUACAGCUGCUGCUGGACAAGGACACGCAUCACCACAUGACUCAGCUAUUUGAACAUCUCUCAGCUGUGGAGAGUGCCGAGUUCACAAAAAACGAUGUUCAGAAUCUGGCUAACAAGUAUAUCUGACCUCCCCGUCUCCCUCCCGCUGCAUGAGCUGCUGCACCUCCACUCUUUGGUCUAUGCAGAGGACGGAAUACAACGGCAGGAAGCUGCAGAAUGUGUCCACAGCAAUCACGCUAAACCGGAUUAAACUCACUGACUCGUCUGGGCAGUGGAUCGUGUCUGUCACCUUAUUUUAUUUUUUAGUUUCUAAUUCCACUGACCAGUUAAAUCCUACAAAUACCCUGGGUUCAGUGUUAAAGCUACAGAGAGCAGAGUUUGCACACGAGAAGCUGGCGUUCACACCUCCUUCACCAGAGGGUGAGUUGUUACAGGAAUAACGUCAAACUACGGCGCAUGAGGAGUUUAGCCCAGACACGAGCUGUUGGGCCUUCAGCAGGAUGUUGGCUGGUGUCCAUCUUUAUUCUACUAUGCAAUUAGCUGCUGUCUUACAUGCUAACUCCUCCUUGAAGGUAGGGGUGUGUGUGUUGAAGUCAUUCAACCUACCAGCUGACACACAUCUGCAGUCUGACUGUGGACUCAUGAGCAAAGCAGCAUCUUUGAGGCGUGUGCCUUUCCUUUCAGUUCCAGGGCUUUAGAGAGAAUAUAUGUGUGGUUGUGUAGCUUUAAUCUGAUCUAAAUAUUACCUGUACAGUUAAAACUUUAUUGUUGUGAAUUUAAAUGAUUAAAAUUUUAAUGCUGGGGAAACCAAACUAGUCUCUUAUUAAAGGUUAAAGGUUGUUUUUACAUGUCGGGGACAUUAGCUGUGGACAAAGAGGCAAUAAUUUUCCUCAACUUCACCGUAGUUCAGAGGGCUGUUCAAUAAAAAUGUAAAACAACA